AAUGUGUUUGUAUGAUUUUUUUUUUUUAGGAGAUCAUGAAUCAGGCAGAUAAAAAUCAACAAGAAAUCCCAUCAUACCUUAGUGAUGAACCACCAGAAGGUUCAAUGAAAGAUCACCCACAGCAGCAACCAGGCAUGUUGUCCCGUGUGACUGGGGGUAUCUUCAGUGUUACAAAGGGAGCUGUUGGUGCCACCAUUGGUGGUGUGGCUUGGAUUGGUGGAAAGAGUCUGGAGGUGACCAAAACGGCUGUUACAACUGUGCCUUCCAUGGGAAUUGGGCUGGUGAAAGGGGGCGUGUCUGCUGUGGCUGGAGGUGUUACAGCUGUUGGGUCUGCUGUUGUAAACAAAGUGCCCUUAACAGGAAAGAAGAAAGACAAAUCUGACUAAAAUAUGGAGAUAAUAUUUGCUCUCCACAGCAUUAUGAUGCCAGUGGCAUUGAAUUGCUCAAUUAGGGACUACAACCAAGUCAUCUGUUUUGGACAUUUAUCUUCUAAACUGCUGUGUUGAAAGUAUUGAUGACUGGCUUUCGUCUAAAAAGAAGAGACCAAUACUAGCACAGUGUAUGAAGGUUUCUCAUACUUAAAUUCCAGCUUUUUAUCUGGUAAAAUGUUACACUUACUCAGUUGUAACUGAAGAUAUGGUAUGUCUUAAGUAUUUAGUAUGUUUUUCAGUUUGACUAAAAAUGUGAAAGUUGAAUCUAGUAGAUGAUCUUUACAGUUCCAUGUAUAUAAUGUGCCAGGUAACUCAUCUGCCCCUUAAGAAGGGAACUUUGAACUACAUAAACUGUACCUUUGAUGUGCCUAAUAGUUUCAGAUGUCUUAGUUUUUUAUAACCAUAGUUGAUUAGGCCAAGAGGCUUUCUUUUCUUAUUUAAGCUGGCAAAAGUAGCAGGAAUUAGAGAAAUUUAAAAGAAAAGAUAAAUGGUUUUAUGAUACUGUUAACCAUAUUUUGUUAGAAAUGCAUUUUCUUCAUUGAAUCAUUGAUGCCUUACAAAAGAAAACAUCUUUUCUAAUACCCUAAAUAUGUGCAGUUUUUAGAAUUAUCUAUGGAUUCUUUUAAAGGUUGUUUGUGAAAUUAGUUUUCCCUCUUAAGAAUCUCAGAAGUAGUGGGGUAAAAGCAUUUCUUGAUGACAGCAGAUAAGAUAGUGUUUGUUAACUGUCUUGUUAGUAGUUAAAAUUGAAUUGUACACUUCAGCUUGGGUUCAUGCUCCAUCAUUAAUACACCUCACAGUGCCUAAGGAACAUUUCUUUACUGGUCACAAGGUCUAUUGGAAGAGUUGCAUAUUAAGGAGGAAGAAAUAAUUUUAAGUUCCUAAGAAUUACCUGAAGCAUUCAACAUAUAAAAAGAAUCCUUCACACUUAUUCUGUCUGUAUGUGUCUUAAGUUAUUAGCAGUAUCCCUUCUUAAAAACAUGGUAAAAGCAACCACAAGUGUAUGAGGACUGACUUUUAAAUUGAAUGAAAUGGGCACCAUAGAUUGGUUUUGAAUAUAAAAUGUAGUGUUUUGAGUGGUUUAUAUAGGCUUUUAAAAUGUUAUCUUACAGUCCUUUAAAGUAGACUUUGUACCAUUUUUUAAGCCCAUUUCAGGCAGAAAAUUGAAGUUUUUGAUUAUGUAUAAGUAUGUUAUGUCUUUAUUAACAUGUCCCAUCAUGUCUCAUUCAUUUUCAAAGAAUAUGACUUAGCUGGAAUUCAUUAUUUUUUUUGUUUCAUGUUAAGUUUCAUAAAAAUUUUAACCACCAGCAUAUAUGUUUGUUUGGCAUUCCUCUUAACUAGGGGUUAUAAUCCAAGCCUGAAAAAUCUUAAAUUUCUUUAUACCUAAGUUUAGAAAUUUGUCUCCAUUCUGCUGACUUUUAUUUUUUGUAGUGGAGGGAAGGAAAGGCGGUGAUACCCUAAAGUAAGUCAAACUAGCAUCCCAGAGAACUUGAAACAGGUCACUAUAACACCCAAGGCUUAAAUGUUUGUUUGUAAACCACUAAGAGUAUUACAUGGAUAAUGUGGGUCAACAAAUGGAUAAGAAUAUAACAACUUUUAAAAGCUUUCAUAAAUAUCAGCAGGGAUUUUAAGCAAAUCUCCAAAGGUUCUUGAACCUUUGUACUGCAUACAAACUGAAAAGUCAAUAAAGAGUUCAGUUCAUCAGUUAUUAAAUGGUUGUUUAUUUCAUUAAGUAUUAUUUAGGUGUAUUUGUUGGCAUAUCUGGUCAGAUGUGAUAAUUUGUAAAGGGGAUUUUUUUAAACUCCAAAAUUAAUAGAUGAAGACUAAAUAAUAAUCUAAUGGUAUUGGAGAGCUUGUUUCCUGCUAUUCGGAAGAAAUUAUUGCUUCUUUGCUAGUUUAUGUUUCUAAUAGGCUGUGUUGUGCUUUGUACCUGAAUUUCUAAGCAUAGACUUUAGUUUGCUGUUUGCUUGCAUAUUUAUUUUUAACUUUGUCUUUAAAACUGCUUGAGGAAAAAUGGUUGUAGUUAAUUUCUGCUGCAGUAAAGCCAUCUGGUACAUUUUAUCUCAUCAAGAUAGUUUUCAGUUCUAAACUAUAACUUUGUUCAGGGGGGCUUUUGCAAUGAUAGCAGAGAACUGUACAAAUGUACAGUUAGAUAUAGAGGUUUUUGUUGAAAUGGACUUGCCAUAUGAUGAUAUGUACAGCUGUAUCCUUGAGUCUUUUCCAGUUUAUUUACGUAGACUAGCAAUUUGACCUGUUAAACAGGACUAGUUCACGUCAAGAAACUAAGGUUGUUGAGUGCACCUGGAGGCAUCUGUUAUUAUUCAACUUAUCUUUUGAGUGGGUAUUUGGCACAAUGAGGAUAAACUUGUAUAACCCACUUGAGGGACUUGAUGUAAUAAUGUUGACAUGAAUCCUGUACUUAGUGAAAUGUCAGAUGAAAAUAACCGAUGAUUGAAUAAUUUUUUGUAUUAAAGGGAUGGGAAAAGAACACAUGAAUCUGUUAAUAAAGCACUAUGAUCUGCAAAAGAUGGAAUGUUUCAUAAAGAUCUGAAGAAAUAAAGGAAAUUUUAAAACAG